AUGCAAGUGAGUGAUUUAACUGCCCCUUCCCCUUCCUCUGAGAGGCCUUUGUUCGAAAAGGAAACAAACAAGAGCCGUGUUGAGAUGAAACUAGACAGAGCAGCACUCACACCACAUCCUCCCGGCUGUGGACACCGGAACACACCAGGGCUGUUUGUGUACCGUGGGGCCGGCCAGGACGUCUCACAGCUCGGUUACAGCAGAGAGAACAGGUGGAUCCUGUUUCUGUUUGGCUGCGAGGUGCCCACCUCAGACCCCAAUGGCUUUGAUCCAGACGAUGAUGGAACACGAAUUGGCGUCUCUUAUAUUUUCUCUAAUGAUGACGACGACGAACAAGAGGAUCGUUUUGAUAACUUAUCCACGGAGAGCGCCCGGGUGAACCAUGAGGAGAAGCCUUUCAACCCCCGAGACGAGCUGGAGUGCGCGGUCUUCUACAGAGACGACUGUUUGUACGAGAGGAAGAGCGGGGAAGACACGUACCCCGCGGAGACGCUGCUGAACAAGUGCAGAACCGGAGACCUGCUGGAGUUCGUGGCCACUGGGCAGUACCCGCACUGGGCCGUUUAUGUCGGGGACUUCCAGGUGGUUCACUUACACCGGGCUGAGAUCAAGAACAGCUUUCUGACGGACGUGAGUCAGGGCAAACAGGGGCGGAUAGUAAACGCGCUUUACCGAUACCGUGCGUUGCCGCCUGAAGUCAUCGUGCGUAACGCGCUGGACCACGUCGGCACAAGGGACAGAGAACUGUACUGGAGGAACGCUGAGUGCUUUGCAGCCUGGUGCCGCUUUGCAAAACGCGAGUUCAAGAUUGGGGGUGAGAUUAGGAUAGGCAAGCAGCCAUACAAGCUAAAGUUACUGUUCUCUGAUAAGAAACACCACGUGCUGGAGUUUCAGAGCCUGGAGGAUGUGGUGAUGGAGAAGAGGAGGAAUGAUCAGAUAGGCAGAGACGCUGUGAUGCAGGAGCUCGCCAAUCACCUGAACGCAACAAACGAAAUUAAAGACGGGGAUUUUGAAGCCUAA